UCCGCGCUCAUAAGGAUCCCUGUGAGGAAUUAUAUCCCCGGAUCCAUUGUUUUGCUACCUAUACUUGGAGUUCGGACGAAUUUCCUUUGGUUAUCUGCUUUAAUAUUGAAUGCAUUGGGGAUGCUUUUGUUUUGACGGUGCAGGAAAUACGACUUCAGGCAGAACAAUGAGACGGCAAGUACUGUUGUUUCUCUCGGUGCUAUGUCUCGGCUACGUGCUCGGGCAGGUCAGCUAUUCCAUCCCCGAAGAAAUGUCGAAAGGCUCUGUCGUUGGAAACAUAGCGCAUGAUUUAGGUUUAGAUCUGAAAAGGCUGAAAUCAGGUAAAGCUCGUGUCUAUACAGGAGGCAGCGUAGGAUACAUCGGGCUGAAUAAAGAAAGGGGAGUCCUCCUUAUCCAGGAGAGGAUAGACAGGGAGGCUUUGUGCGGAGAGACGACGCCUUGUGCUUUACAUUUCCAGUUAAUUCUGGAAAAUCCAAUGGAACUGUUUCGUGUAACAGUGGAGAUCACUGACAUAAACGAUAAUACCCCCAGUUUUACAAACAAAGAAAAACGCUUUGAAAUCAGCGAGUCUGCUGUGAUAGGCUCGAAAUUUAUAAUAGAAAAAGCAGUUGAUUCCGAUAUUGGGAUGAAUGGCUUACAACGAUACUCACUUACUCCCACUGAUAACUUUGUAUUAAAACUAGAAAAUCAAGCAGACGGAAGUAAAAAGGUCGAGAUGGUUCUGCAGAAGCCUCUAGAUAGAGAAAAGCAGGAAUACAUAUCACUGCUGUUAACUGCUAUAGAUGGAGGAGAGCCGCAGAUGUCAGGGACAAUGCAGAUAUUUGUCAAUGUAUUAGAUGUGAAUGACAACGCACCUGCUUUUGCUAAACCGCUGUAUAGAGCAAAAAUACUAGAAAAUUCUCCGAAAGGCACCAGCGUGACGACUGUAAGUGCAUCUGAUAAAGACAUCGGCUCAAACGGAGAAGUAUCAUAUUUGAUAUCUACCAGCAAACGUCUUUUAUCUGAACUAUUUAAAAUUAAUUCAGAAACUGGUGAAAUGAUCCUAAAUGGUGAACUAGAUUAUGAAAAGGCGAAGAUAUAUCAAAUCGAUAUUGAAGUUGUAGACAGCGGGGGACUCUCCGAUUCCACUAAAGUAAUCGUUGAUGUUAUUGAUAUUAAUGACAAUAAUCCUCACAUAAACAUUGUUUCUAAAUCAGAGUCCAUAUCAGAGGACUCACCUCCAAGCACUGUUAUAGCCAUGUUAAGUGUAAAUGAUCCAGAUUCAGAGAAUAAUGGAGAGGUAGAGUGUAAUAUAGAUGGUAAUAUUCCCUUCAAAAUACAAUCUACAUUAAAUGGAUUUUAUACUUUAGUAACAGAGGUAGCUUUAGACCGAGAGAUCUCUUCUCAUUAUAAUAUAACAGUGACCUGCUCUGAUGAAGGAGUGCCCUCCCUCUCCAGCAGCGUCACUCUCACCUUACAGAUCUCUGAUGUGAAUGAUAACGCGCCUGUCUUUGAGAGGAGCUCAUAUGAGGCCUACAUUGUAGAAAACAACACACCAGGCCUCUCUAUAUUCACAGUGAGAGCCAGAGACGCUGACUGGAACCAGAAUGCCCGUGUUUCUUACAUCCUGGAGGACUCCUCUGUUAACGGAGUGCCAGUCUCCUCAUAUGUGUCCGUUAGUGCUGAUAGUGGAGUCAUCCAUGCAGUGCGCUCUUUUGACUACGAGCAGAUCAAAGACUUCCACUUCCGCGUCAAAGCGCAGGAUGGAGGCUCCCCUCCACUCAGUAGCAAUGUGACAGUUAAAAUACUGAUCCAGGACCAGAACGACAACCCUCCUCAGGUUCUGUACCCAGUCCAGACUGGUGGCUCUCUGGUGGCUGAAAUGGUGCCUCGUUCAGCAGAUGUGAGCUAUCUGGUCACUAAAGUGGUGGCUGUUGAUGUGGACUCUGGACAGAAUGCCUGGCUCUCCUAUAAACUGCAGAAAGCCACAGACAGGGCGCUGUUUGAAGUGGGCGUUCAGAAUGGAGAAAUAAGAACUAUCCGCCAAGUGACUGAUAAAGAUGCUGUGAAACAAAGACUGACUGUUAUAGUGGAGGACAACGGGCAGCCCUCUCGUUCAGCUACAGUCAUUGUUAACGUGGCGGUGGCGGACAGCUUCCCUGAAGUGCUGUCUGAGUUCACUGACUUUACACACGACAAGGAGUACAAUGAUAACCUGACUUUUUACUUAGUGCUGGCUCUGGCUGUAGUCUCCUUCCUCUUCAUCACGUGUUUAGUGGUUAUUAUAUCAGUGAAAAUCUACAGGUGGAGACAGUCUCGCAUCAUGUUUCACUCCAACCUCCCUGUGAUUCCAUAUUAUCCACCACGUUACUCAGACACUUUGGGGACAGGGACUCUCCAACACGUGUACAAUUACGAGGUGUGCAGGACGACAGACUCCAGAAAGAGUGACUGUAAGUUCGGCACAGCCGGUAGUCAGAACGUGCUGAUAAUGGACCCCAGUGCUACAGGGACGAUGCAGCGGAUACAGAGUGAAAAGAGCAUCCUGGAUGAACCAGACUCUCCUCUAGAGGUUAGAAAACUUUUUUAA